GAAACUUUCGGUUGAGACUCGCGUACAUCCUAUUACAAAUACUAAUUUUUUGGUAGAGACGUGUGGUUCCGCGUUCCGCCUCUGAUAAAAUGAGCAACGCAGUGCAUUCUCAUUUGAAAAAUUAUGAUCUAAGGAUUAUACCAAUACACGAAACCAAUAUACGUUUUGAACUUCACAUUAUCACGGUUCGUUCCGCAAUCAUAUUAUCUACACCCGUGGACCGUAUACAGUGAUUUUGAUAAGAGGGGAAAUUUUUGCGGCCUGUUCUCUGUCACUCGCUUACUAUGUUGUGAUCACCAUUUAUAAUAUUAUAAAUAUUUUAGUUCGUGAUUACAAAAUACUACAGAUCAUAGAUUUAUGCAAAAUACUAUUGUUAAUUAAAGUAAACUUUACUAGGUACUAGAAAUUAGCAUCACAGAAUAUGUACAGACUAUAGUUUUUAUUUAGCCGAUAUAAGAAAACAAUUUUUUAUUAUUUAUCCACCGCAAUAGGUACUGUUUGUUCUGUUUUUUCAUUUGUCAAGUACAUUUGCCUAAAUAUGGUUGCCAAGUAUGGCAAUAUUGGAAAUGAUUAUUCAAAUAACUCCUCGUUUGGUAUCAAAUGUUUGAAAGCAUUUAUUAAUUAUUACAUACAAGUUUUAGGAUUAAUUUGUUUGGUCAUUGUCACUCUUACAAUUGUUACGUUUAUUGAUUUAAACUAUUUCAAUAACCGUCGAAUAGUUCCAGUAGUUAUCAACACAUGGGCAUUUACUGAUGCGGCUUCAAAAAGUAAUAGUUUUUUAAAUUCAUAAAGAAAUUAUGAUUAAAAUAUUUGUUUAUUAUUGUCAUAAAUAUGAAUAAAAAUUUUUAAAUCACGAGUUACAAUACGUUUUAUAUUUCAACAAUUUUUUGUGAACUACCUACCUAAUUAACAUUUUUUUGUUUUUUAUACUUAUUGAAUAAUAUUUAAUAAUUAUAAGUUUAUAAUUUUACCCAAUAUCUAGAAUUAAUAAAUGAACUUAAUAAAUUAUUAAGUUAAAUUAAGUUUUAAUAUUUAAUAUUAAGUUAUUAAAUUAUUAAGAACUUAUUUAGUUAUUUUUAUAAGUGAUGUUUUACUAUAGUUUCUCAUAUAAUUUAUUGACUAUUUUACCUAGUCUGUUAUUUUACCACAUGUGCCAGUGACAAUAUAUCUAAUUUAUGUUAGUAUCUACUCGGAUACAUUCAGAAGAUGCAGUCAUGAACUGUAUUUUUAAGUACUUUUUAGAUCAGUUUUGUUAUAGCAAACAGUUCAGUCAUAUGAUAGAAAAACUGAUUUGGUCUGUGUGGCAAUUUAUUUGUACACAAUGUGUUUAGAUGAUACGACAAUUUAUCCAUAAAUUUGGUAUCUGCAUCAGAUUAAACCGUUUGUAGAUUUUUCAUUCAAUCUUCUGAGCAGAUCCUUAAAUUUAAAUCUUGUGUUAUCAAAUUAAUUUCUACUCUUUUUUUUUUUUUUUUAGAAUAAGUGUCACAAUUUAAAAAAUAAUUAAUUUUCACCCAUCUUUUCUUAAAUGACAAAUUACACACUGGUGUGUUAAAUUAAGUCCAAAGUAUAUCUUUAUCUCGUAAUAGGAUGAACCCAUACUUUCUAUUUGCAAUCAUUUGAUGUUUAUAAUAUUUGAGAUAACAUUACAUUGUAAAAAAUGUCUAUCUUUAAGCACAAGAUAAUAUAGAUACGCAAAAUGAAAUGAGUAGAAAUAAAUAAAACCUUAAUAUACUAUUGUAAAGUGUUUGGUAAAAAAACUGAAUGUCAUUUGAACAAUCCGUCCAAAAAAAUCCAAUUCGAGCAAAUAAUCAAUAUGAUAAAACAAUUGAAUUGUUAAAUGGGUACUUAAUAAACUGGUAUUAAUCAUUAAAUAACACUCUUUGUAUUAUAUUUAUGAAUAUAUUAUAGGUCAAACAUAACAAAUUACUUAAGGGUGAAUGUUGAUCAAUAAGUAACCUAUAUACCUAUUCUUAUAGAUAAGAUUUUAUUUUUAUUUUUAUUGAAAUGUCUGAUUGAAUUUCAACAAAAACUACAUAAAACCAUGUCCAAUAAUAUUUAUAAUUUACUUAGUAUUUAUUUAAUUGUUUAGGUUGGUCUGUGUUGAAUUCAGGAGGUUCAGCGAUUGACGCUAUUGUAGCUGGAUGUACAGUUUGUGAACAAGAACAAUGUGAUGGCACUGUUGGUUAUGGCGGUAGUCCAGACGAAAAUGGAGAGACAGCUUUAGAUGCUCUCAUUAUUGACGGGUUUGUUUUAUAAAAACUAAUAAGGUUUUUUACAAUAAUUUAAACCAUGAGAAAUAAUAAUAAAAUCGAAAUCCAUAGAACUACAAUGAACGUAGGGGCAGUGGGCAGUAUGAAACGUAUAAAAGAAGCUUCUAAAGUAGCUCGACAUGUAAUGGAAAAUACAAAACAUACUUUGCUUGUUGGGAAAGGAGCAACACAAUUUGCAAAACAAAUGGGUUUUAAUGAAACAAAUCUUAGUACAAAUUAUUCACUGGAUCUAUGGAAACAUUGGAAAACAAAUUGCCAACCCAACUUUUGGAUUGUAUGUUAUUUAAAUAUAAUCUAAUGUAUUUAAUAUAUAAACACUACAUAUACUCAGUAAUACUUUCAUAUAAUGGUCACCGGAAAGACCGGAAAUAAUAAUCAUUAUUUUUAGGUGAUCAUUAACAGAAGUGCAAUACCUUCCAGAUGACCGCUAUAUUGAGUACAUACAAAUAAAAAAAAUUAGAUAGGUAGGAUACAUACAAAUAUUUAAUUUAUAUCUAUAAACAACAAUAAACCAUUGCUAAUGAAAAACGAUUCAGAGCGAAGUUUGGUUGUACAUAUUUUAAAAGCCCAUAAUAUUUAUGAUUUUCAUCAAAAUUUGAUAUUACCAAUUAUUUAGAAAAAAAAAAUACUGCAUUACACUCUUGUUAAGUUUUCAAGCAUUUCUAUUUAGUCUAACAAUUUUCUUCACAGAAUCUUGCAAAAUAAAAAUUACGAAAAAAUUCGCAAAUAAAGUGUCUAUUAAUAGCUCAAUUUUUUUAAAAAUUUACCACAUUUAAAAAAAGAAAAUAUAAGUUUUUUGCCCAAAUUUUAAAUUGAAUUAUAACAAAAAAAAAAAAGCAGAAUUGAAAAUAAUGAAACCUUUAUUUUUGUAAAAUUUCACGUUGUUUUCGGUUUUACUCAAUUAUUAAAAAAACUUUUUUACUUACUAACUAGAUUGCAUAUGUAACAAAAAAGUCUCUAGUUUUUCUUUCUAUUGGAGCAAUAUGUCUGGUUGAAAAUAUUGUCUGCAAAAAUUUUAAAUAAUUAACGCCUUAAAUUUGUUCGUUUUUAUUUUUUUUCUUGUUUCAGUUUUUCCAAUUAUUAUAAAAAAACUGAUUGGAAAAUUAAAAUAUGACCUCCCUAAUGCACCAACUUGAUCAAAUUUUCUUUCUGAAAAGGUUCUAUACUCAAUACAUUACAGCAAGAUUUGUGGUAGGAAAGUUGUUCACAGACAAAAAGAAAAAGACAUGAUAGUAAAACCAAUAGAGCCUUUCUUAAGCUUCGAAUCUAAAAAAGAUAGAAAAAAUAAACAUGCGAUUCAUAUGAAAUAUAUAUAUAUAUAUAUAUAUAUGUACUAAAAACUGUAUUUAUGUAAUUUAUAAAAAAUUGUUACAUAUACAAAUUUGAAAAUAUGUAAAUUUUGAUUUGAUUGAUUUGAUUAUGCGUGUUAAAAAAAGCAAUAUUAGCUUCUUUUAAAUAAAUUUCAUUAUUCGAAGAGUUUUUCAAAAUCAAUUUCUGUUGAUCUAUCAACUUCAUUUUUUCUACUAUAGUUAGAUGUUUUCGUUUAAACGCCAUCGUAAAUACGCAUUUCAGAGCAUAUUUGAACUGACAUUCACCCCUACAAUAAAAUACACAGACCAGCUGUGUUCGUCUUCUUGUUAUAAAAGUUUGAUAAGAUGCCUGCUUAUUUAAUAAUUUCUAUAAAUAAUUAAAACAAUUAUUUAUAUUUUGACUGUUAUUUAUAGUGCCUGUUAUAUAGAGGUAUUAAUGUAUUUUUCCCAUUACGCUUAACGGCACAAAAAAAAAAAUUACUAUUAUAUAGUGGUGACCGUUAUUGGGAAUUUUACUUGUAUUUAUUAUAGAAUGUUAUGCCAGAUCCUGAAAAGUAUUGUGGACCUUAUAAACCAAAUUUACCAAACAAUUUAAAGCCUAAUUCAAAUUUUGUGGAUGCAAAAAAUCAUGACACUAUUGGUAUUGUAGCCAUUGAUCAUAAUGGGAAUAUUGCAGCAGGUACAUCUACGAAUGGAGCAAAGUUUAAAAUACCAGGGUAAGUAUGAAUCUGAUACAUAAUUGUUAUUAAUAUAUUAAUUAAAAUAAAUAAUCCUUUGCAACAUAUAUAUUAACAAUUUUUAAUUUAUAGUGUUUAAUUAUUAUUUAAGAAAACAAUAUUUUAUGGUUUAUUUAUUUUAAACAUAAUAAUAGCUUAAAAAUAGGUAGACAAUAAUUAUAAUUAUAUAUUUAUUACAUAUGUAAAAUUUAUUACUAUAGAGUUUUAGGUUUUAGUUUUAAGGAUUUGCAAUUAUAUUUAUUUCAAGAGAAGUACAUUUUUUAAAGAACAAUCAUUCUAAUCUGAUAGUGAUGUAAUAAAUUUACCUUUUUAUUUAGCAAAUAUAAAUAUAAAUUCCAAUAUCAAUUUUUCUUUAUUCAAGAAAUAACAAAACCAGACUAAAGUUUAAAAUUAAUCUUUUUUAAUUUUUUUCCUUAUAUGUAUGAAUCCUCUUUUAUUAAAUCAACAAAUAGUACUAAAAAUCUUUUUUCAUAAUUUAUAUAUUAAUACCUUAUAGAAGAGUUGGUGACUCCCCUAUUACUGGAUCUGGAGCUUAUGCUAUGAAAGACAUAGGCGCUGCUGCGGCAACAGGUGAUGGAGAUAUAAUGAUGCGGUUUUUACCCAGGUAAUAAAAAUAUUUAUAAGUAUUUUGUUCAAUCUUCUUACAGAAGAUAUUUUAUUUUAGUUUCCUUGCAGUUCAAUUGUUGAAGAAUGGCUAUAAUCCUAAAGGAGCUGCUAAAUCAGCCAUUGAUACUAUUGUUCAAUUUUAUCCAAAUUUUAGUGGUGCCAUAAUUGUUAUUGAUAGGUAUGGACAUUAUGGUGCUGCUUGUCAUGGGUUUGAUAAAUUCCCGUAUUCCAUAGCAAAUUCUGAACAGGACAAUGUGUCUAUUAAAUAUAUUGAAUGUACAAAACCAUAAUCUAUUAUUAUUAUUAUGACUAUUAUUGUUUUAAUUUAAUUAAUUUGUUUAUUUUAUUUUUAUUUUUUAUGGACUAUAAUUUUUGCAAUAUUUUUUUAUGGAAGUAUUAUAAAUGUUUUAUAAAUUAUUUAAAUAUAUUUUAAAAGACUGUGCCCAUAAUUAUUUAUCAUUAUAUUUAGGAUAUAAUUAAAGAAUUUGAUAAUUACAGAGUAUUGCUAAAAUAGCUGUUUACUAUUAAAAUAAAAUAAUAUUAUGUUUAUAAUAUAAUCUUUACUUGUACUAUUAUAUCUAAUAUAUUUAGUUUUAAUCAAUGAAUAAGAACAUACAAAAUUAUAUUAUAUGGAUAGUGGAUAUCUGGUAUCCAAAUAAUUUUCAUACUAAAAUUAUUAUAAUCAAUAUUAUUAAAUAUUUGUACAUUUUAUUUAUUAAUUUGAAUACAAUUAUUUAAUAUAAAAAAUAAAAUUAUAAUUGUAUUGAAAAUUUCAAAAAGAUUUAAGUUGAACUUUUUUUUUCUUAACUAUUGAUUAAUUAUAAAAAAAAUUUCACAGUAAUACAUAAUAUGAGUAUACAUAGGAACACUUAGUCCAUUAAUUAUAGUAUAUAACGAAAAAAUAAAAAUUGAGUUGAGAAAUUAACACAUAUAAAAAUAUUAUUAGAAUAUAAAAUUAUUAAAUUUGAAAUAUUUACUUUUGAAUGUUUGUAAAUGUAAUCUCAUACAUUUGUAUUAAUGAACUAGGUAACUAGGUAGUUGGUUCAGCUGUAUAGAAAUAUUAAUACAUGGUUCAUUAACACACUGAAUGUUAAUAAUUACUGUCAUUUUUUUACCCGUGAAGUGAUAGUUAACAUUGUUCAGUCAAUUUAAUGUCAUUUAGUUCACAGCAAUUCCUAUUGAAACACUCCAUUACGUUAUUACACUGUAUCAAACACUGUCCCAUGCCAUAUUCUGGCAUCAGUUGAAUGUUCUGUUCAUCUUUAAAAAACUCAGGUUGAAUAGUCACUUCUAAAAUUCCGUUUGUGUGGAAAAACUGUAUAACUUCGUUAUUUAUUCUCAAAUAAUCCUUAAAAAAGAAAAAAGAAUAUUAAAUUAUUUUUUACUAGAUAAAUAUAUUUACUUGUGGGUUGUAAAAUAUAAUGUGUGCUGUAGAUACAAUUUUGUCUUCAGUCAUUUGCCAAAUAUGAAGUUCGUGUACAUUUACUAUAUCUGGAAAGGUUUUCAUCAAGUCUUUGCAAAUUGUAUUAAUAUUUAUGCGGUCUGGCAUUGUCUGAAGAAGAAUCAAACCAGAUUCUUUCACUAAAAUAUUAAUUAGGUAAAUAUAAUAUAUUUUAACAUUUGAUUGAAGAUAUAUUCUCUUUUAUUUUUUAAUUAUUGCAAAUAGGUAACUCACUAAUAGGAUAUUUUAGAUAGAGCAUUACCGCAGCUGCUAUAAUAGAUGUUCCAGGAUCAAUAUACUUUGCUAUGGCUGGUUUGGUGUAAUGCACGGCAAUCGAACAUAUCAUCACCGUUAAACAACCUAUGGAAGUUAUUGUUAUGUUAAUUUUAUUGCAAAAUGUAUAGUUAUGUAAUCAUUGUUUAGAAGAAUAUUCUACCAACUACAUCACGACAUAUUUCCCUUAAUCGGCAGUAUUUCAUUUGUAUUUUUUGUUUUGGUAAUAGACUGGAAUUUAGAGGAGUAGUUGUUAAUAUUUCAUUCCCUGGAACACUAGAAUUUUGUGCUAUUGGACCUGAAACAUAAACAGAAAACAAUUUUGGAGAGGUGUUCACAAGUAAAAAAACUAUCCUAGGAUAAUGGGGAUGG